GAGUCCGGGAUCCCUGAGUCCUACUCAGCCAGAGUGGAGGCGAAAGACCGGUUGCUCAGGAGUCGACUGACCGGCGCUAAAGAUGAAGGUUCUGUGGGCUGCGUUGGUGGUCACACUCGUGGCAGGAUGCCAGGCCCAUGUGGAGGAGGAGGUGAAGCUGGCACCGGAGCCAGAAUGGUGGCAGGUCAGCCAGCCCUGGCAGCAGGCGCUGGGCCGCUUCUGGGAUUACCUGCAGUGGGUGCAGACGAUGUCUAACAAGGUGCAGGAGGAACUGCUCAGCAACCAGGUCACCGAGGAACUGUCGAAGCUGAUGGAGGAGACCAUGGGGGAGGUGAAGACCUACAAGAAGGAGCUGGAGACGCAGCUGGGCCCCAUGACCCAGGAGACGCGUGACCGCCUGUCCAAGGAGCUGCAGGCAGCGCAGGCCCGACUGCGGUCGGACAUGGAGGACGUGCGCACCCGCCUGACCCAGUACCGCAACGAGGUGCAGACCAUGAUGGGCCAGAACUCCGAGGACGUGCGGGCCCGCCUGGCCUCCCAGCUGCGCAAGCUGCGCAAACGGGGCAGCCGGGCCCGCGACCGCCUCGAUGACAUGCGCGACCAGAUGGAGGAGCUGCAGGCCAAGAUGGAGGAGCAGGCCAACCAGAUGCGCCUGCAGGCGGAGGCCUUCCAGGCCCGCCUCAAGGGCUGGUUCGUGCCCCUGGUGCAAGACAUGCAACGCCAGUGGGCCGGGCUGGUGGAGAAGAUGCAGUCGGCCUUGGGCGCCAGCCCCAGCCCCACCCCGGUGCCCAGCGAGAAUCAAUGAGUGCUGGCCACGCCUGGUGGACCCCACUCCGGCCACCUCCGUGCCCCUCCCCUCUCCCAGCCUGCAGGGGCCCUGUCCCUGCCCCCACGGCUCCCCUGGGGGGCCCUGGCUUAAUAAAGGUUCAGCAAACUUCUCAGCA